AUGUAUUGCCGUGGGAGGGGGAAUGUACGUCCAUUUUACCCUCUGUGUGUUGGCACCGUGCAGACCUGCAAAAAGAGGAAGUUCGUCAAGGAUGGCGUCUUCCAGGCCGAGCUGAAUGAGUUCUUGUCGUGCACACUGUCAGAGGAUGGAUACUCUGGAGUGGAAGUCCGCGUUACUCCCAUCCGCACAGAGAUCAUCAUCCGCGCCACCAGGACCAGAGAGGUUCUCGGUGACAAGGGACGCCGUAUCCGGGAGUUGACCUCCGUCGUUCAGAAGCGCUUCGGCUUUGCGCCUGGCUCGGUGGAGCUUUUCGCUGAGCGUGUGGAGCACCGCGGUCUCUGCGCCAUGGCACAGGCCGAAUCCCUGCGCUACAAACUUCUCAAGGGACUUGCAGUCAGACGCGCAUGCUAUGGUGUCCUGCGCCACAUUAUGGAAUCCGGAGCUAAGGGUUGUGAAGUCGUUGUUUCCGGCAAGCUGCGCGCCCAGCGAGCCAAGAGCAUGAAGUUCAAGGAUGGCUAUCUGAUCUCCACCGGAGAGCCCUCGAAGAUGUUCGUCGACCAAGCGAUCCGCUCCGUCCAGCUUCGACAGGGCGUCCUUGGAGUUCGCGUCAAGAUCAUGCUGCCUCACGAUCCCGAGGGCAAGCAGGGUCCCUCCACGCCGCUUCCUGAUACGAUUGUCGUGCUGGACCCCAAACCCGAAAUACCUGUCGUGCAACCUGAGGAGAUGGUCGAAGGAGGUUAUGGUCAAAUGUGA